GGGGGGGGGGGGGGCGAGGGGGUGGGGGGGGGGGGGAGGGAGGGGGGGGGGGGGGGUGGGGGGGUGGGGGGGUGUGGUGGGGGGGGGGGGGGGGGGGGGGGGGUGGGGGGGGGGGGGGGGGGGGGGGGGGGGGGGGGGGGGGGGUGGGGUGGGGGCGGGGGGGGGGGGGGGGGAGUGGGGUGGGGGGUGGGGGGGGGGGGUGGGGGGGGGGGGGGGGGGGGGGCGGGGGGGUGGGGGGGGGGGGGGGGGGGGGGGGGGGGGGCUGGGGGUGGGGGGGGGGGGGUGGGGGGGAUGGGGGGUGGGGGGGGGGGGGGGGGGUGGGGUGGGGGGGGGGGGGGGGGGGGGGGGGGGGGGGGGGGGGGGGGGGGGGGGGGGUGGGGGGGAGGGGGGGGGAAGGGGGGUGGGGGGGGGGGGGGGCGCGGGUUGGGGGGGGGGGGUGGGGGGGGGGGGGGGUGGGGGGGGGGGUGGGGGGUGUGGGGGGAGGGGGGGGGUGGGGGGGUAGGGGGGUGGGGGGGCGGGGGGGGGUGGGGGGGGGGUGGGGGGGGGGGGGGGGGGGGGGGGGCAUGGGGGGGUGGGGGGGGGAGAGGGGGGGGGGGGGGG